AUGUUCGCCCCAAAGACCCUCAUCACUGUCGUCGCCGUCAUGGCUGGCGUUGCCUCUGCCGCCCCUGCCCCUUCUCCCUCUACCACCUUCACCCUUUCUAGCGUGAACAUCACACAAGGAGCAGGCUGCGCCCUCUUGAUCGACACCGAGUUCAAGGGUGGCUGCCAGGGCGUUGCUGUCCUCGACGGAGGCGAAAACUGCGAGGAUAUCAAAACCCUCAAGUCCGGCCCGGCCUGCAACGGCAGCGCCAGCGUCGACUUCACCCAGUCACCCCCUAAGGCUCAGUUCAUUGCCUGGGAAUACUUGGCUUACUGCGACCUUAAGGACGAUAAAUGUGUCAACAAGUACUAG